AUGUUUGGCUGGGGCCCUGGGCUGGGCCUGGCCUCGGUUAGCAUAGAACCUGAAGAGGAACGCGAAGCGCCUCCUCAACCAACCCCGCUGGACUUCCCCAUCUACCGGCUUCCCGAUGUGGUCCCCCACCCCGCCGAUUCGACCCUGCAUGAUCUUUCUGAUAACCUGGCCUCCAUCAAGCGACCCCAGGAUAUCUCCGCUGAAAGAUUCGCCGCGCUCAAUCUAAAAGUCGAUCGCGAUGUCGCCAUUCACCGUUUAUUCCCUGAGGACCAGACACAGUUUCCACCCUUGCCCUGGGAGCCAACGCCGGAAGUUCCCGCGGGAGAGACUCAGCCACAGCCGUCCAUGAUCAAUGGACUCCCAUACCCGCCCAAGGAACGGUACGAGGUACUUCAGAACGAGCUAUUGCUGGACAAUGACGACGUCUUCAGAGAGGUCGCCCGACUACCCCCCCGCCAGGGACGCGAUCGGGUCCGCGUCACGCAGACACGCAAGUUCUGGGCGGCAUUGGAGCGAAUGGCACAAUACUGGGAUACAAGUUUGGAUAAUUACUUUGAGCGGCCCGCCACACCACGGCGCACCCCGCCGUCCAAAGACGAUACCAAGGAGGAUCAGAUGCAGAUUGACAGCGAGCCCGUGACAGACGCCACGAUGGACGUGGACCAAGCUACUUCGAUCGACUGCGCCGAUCGUCAAAAGGCUCCUCAUCCGAUAAGGCGUAUGUACACAGGCCGUCGCACUGGUUCAGGCCAUGAAAUGCCCGAGGAUGUACGCGAUGAGACCAUCAGGGCGUUUAUCGAGAUGGCCGCCUGGCCAUUUGGCUGUCAAGUUACUAUCCCGACUCUGCCGCCCCGGUUGACGAUCAAGAAUUUGCUUUUCCCAGUCCGCCAGUCUUUGCAAUCUUCGCGGUCUCCGCGAGACCGCGAGACCGCACGAAACGGUAUCCUAGAGGGACCCCUUCUCAUCGCGCAGUGCCGUACCGAAACUGGCUUCCGGAACGAAGGCGAUACCCCCGGUACGGGCCUUGGGGAGGUAUGUGACAUAUUCCGUGAAGUAGGAGGCAUGCUGCUUGCUGCGCAGGAGCGCGCCCGUGAGGGAGGAGUGGAGGUGCGGCCUGGAGAGGGAAAGUGGUGGACGAUUAAGCCGCGAUUUGGCGGUGCUACCAGCGAUGGGAUCUUGGCUGAUCUCAUGAAUGGGCCUGGCAUCCACGGGAUCCCUAUUCCUGACUCACUCCUCGGCGCCGGCGGCGAAGACAAGCCUUUGACAUCCGCCCCGGAGGCGGAGAGCGCGCGAAAGAGACACAAGUUCGAGCAUCCAUUUGUGACCUCUCUGGCGCGUCGACCGAGUGCUAUGCGAAAGCUUUCUAAUGCUGAGAAGUGGCAGAUGAUUCAGCCCGGUCCUAGCCUCUGGGAUAAGCGCAUGCGGUAUAUGCAGAUCGGCAAGGCUAAGGAUAGCCCAUUUGACGAUAUCUACAUGGUCUCGGCCAUCAACCACCAUAUUGCCAUCUUGCACCUCCGAGUUCACCGGAGAUAUCUCGAUAUCCUCACCUACGGCGAAAGCAAUUUCCCCGAAGAGUCCAACGUUCCAGAUCACCCAUGGCACGUCUUAAAGCUCCAACGCACCCGAUGGUACAACUUGUUUGACGCAAACGAUCGUAUAGAGGCGCUGAAAGGCGUCUGGAGUCUAUUCCAUCAUCAGCAGAGACCGAUGUGA